GCGCCAAUUACUAUCACCUGGCGGGCAGCUACCGCAUUACCCACUGCCGCCGCGCGCGCGACCACGCGCCGCUCAGCACGCGGUCGCUCCGGAACGCUCCGUGUCGGUCCGCGGCCAUCCGCCGGCUCCGGCUGCGACUCGAUCGAUUCUCUCGACGCCUGAACGCCUGACGCCUGCACCCCGUCCUCGCGUCAUGCACCGGACUCGCCCCGGACUAGUGCCCGCGAAUAUGAAACUGUGAAGUGAGUGCGGACUGUGACGAGAACUUUACGUGUUUAUUCAAGUUCAACGAUCAAUUUUUAAAAGUGAAAAAUGACGUCCCAAUUCGCCUUCCGAGGAUCUCCUCCGAAUCAGAGCACCAUAUCGACAGCCUCCAACAGUCCGCCGCCGACGCAGGCGGGGAUGAGCGGUGGGGCGGGCGGCGCAAGCGGCGCGGCGCGGCCGAGUUCGCCCGCCCCCGCAAGCCGCUGCUGCGACACCGGCCGUCCUAUAUUCCAGGACCCCAUCACGGGACAGACUGUGUGCUCGUGUCAAUACGAGUUUCUUAACUACCAGCGACUCGCGUCUGGCGUGCCGCUGUCCAUGUACAGCGCUCCAUACCCUGACGCAGCUACAGCAGCCGGCAUGGCCGCCUACUUCCCAGCUCUCGCCGCGGAUCAGCCCCCGUUCUACGCGAACACAGCGGCAGGGAUCGAGCUGAAAGAGAAUCUCGCAGCUAGUGCUGCGAGCUGGCCCUAUCCUACAGUCUAUCAUCCCUACGAUGCAGCCUUCGCUGGAUAUCCAUUUAAUGGAUACGGAAUGGAUUUGAACGGCGCAAGGAGAAAAAAUGCCACCCGAGAAACCACAAGCACGCUAAAAGCAUGGCUUAAUGAGCAUAAGAAAAAUCCAUACCCGACUAAGGGUGAAAAGAUAAUGCUAGCUAUCAUCACGAAGAUGACUCUUACACAAGUGUCCACAUGGUUCGCUAAUGCGCGCCGACGCCUCAAGAAGGAGAAUAAGAUGACCUGGGAGCCCAGGAACAGGGUUGAUGAUGAUGACAAUAAUAAUGACGAUGAUGACCACAAAAGCAAUGACGGAAAAGAUGCUUUGGAUGGAAAAGACUCCGGCACAGGAUCCAGUGAGGACGGCGAUAGACCCCAGCAAAGGCUAGAUCUUUUGGGACAACGAACAGAAUCUGAAUGGUCAGAAUCACGUGCAGAUAGUGGACCGGAAUCACCUGAGCCAUACGAAAGACCUAUUCACCCAGCAUACCAGCAUUUACCGUCACGCGCACCACCUGGAAGUACACCAGCCUCAGCUAAGCCCAGAAUAUGGUCACUCGCUGACAUGGCCAGCAAAGAUGGGGAAGCGCCAGCACCACCAUCGGCUGCAUCUGCUUUCUACCAGUCUGCAGCAGCAGCGGCAGCGGCCCGGCUCGCACACCCCUACAGCCGACCAGAACUAUACCGAGGCCUCUAUCCGCCGACUCAUCCCGCUGACGCGCUGCUGGAGUACUCGCGCUCCCUCGCUCUCGCUGCACCAGCGCCUGCUCCCCCCGCUCCCUCCCCGUCCUCGUCCUCGACCUCGUCGCUUGCCGAGCCGCCGCCUCCCUCCCGCGCCUGACCGCCUGCUCUUCGCCCGCCGCUGGCGCACCGACAAUAAUCACGAUCUCGGCCGACGAGCGCCGCAACGGCUUUGACGGCAUCACGUCUGUAAAUAUCGACCUAUAAAUAUAAAUAUAUAUAUACAUACGUAUAUACGUGAUAAUAAAUAAUUUAUGCACCGGUAGAGAAGCUUAGAUUUGUGAUAGUGGACACGUGAGGUUGACAUCUCGCUUACGUCGACGCUGCGUCCGCGCCGACCGACCGACAAUACUAGGUGCUAUUACGAGUUGGACCUUGCGACACGUUGCGUAGUUAUUACUGGAAGUGGUUAAACGAAGUGAUUUAAUAAAAAAAAUAGGUAUUAAUAUGUGUUAUGUUUCCUCUAGGUAAACGACACUUUUAGACUAUUAUUUCAUAUGUAGAGUGUAAAUUAUUAUUUUUUUUCGAAACGUUCUCCUUAUAUUUAGUGCCUAAUUACGUCCAGUUUAUCUCUUGUUUGAUAGUUUGGUAAAUAUCUAACGAUUCGAAUUUUAAUAUUUAUUGGUACGAGGUCAGUAGCUGUAACAUGUUUUCGUUUAAUGUACUAUUUUAAUAUAAGAAAUACUGAUGGCAGAUUGUGAGAUAUCUGUAUAGAUUCAUUUCUAGUCAGAAGACUAUGAUCGUCUAUGAUAAACAUAUAAUUAAAAAUGUCAUUAUAGAAGGAAGCAUUUUAAUUUAUAAGUAUUUUUUUAGCUACGAAAUCAGUUUUAUCUGGCGUAUUGAAUCUCCUUUGGAACAAAUAAAAAUAUGAAAAUUUAAUUAAUAAUCCAAAAUUGUUUACUAUAAAUAAAUCACUUAUUAUAAUAGUUAUUAUUGAUGAUUCGAAUUCGCAUUUCGUCAUCGUUUGAAUUUCUCACGAAGCAAAAUGUUAGCGGAAUAAAGCAAUAGCGAGCAUUGUAUUGUGAAUAAAUUUAGAUACAGUAUCACACUCAAUAAAUGUAAGAGAUUAAUAGCGAGUAAUGAAACAUUGUAAAAAUCUACUUUUAAAACGAAUACCGUAUAAUUGUUCUUAUAAUAUAAAUAUCAACGAAUAUUUAAAGUUGUCAUAGACCCGUUUGUCCUGAAAAAAAAAAAAAUACAAAUGACCUUGUAUAUUUGUAACAAAAUAUUGUAUAGGUAUAAUCACGGUUUGUUCCCGACACUGUAAAAUAUGUUUUUUUUUUCAAUAAUGUAGAGACUGAAAGUCCAAAAUUGAGUCUAUAAUUUUGUACAUACAUACAUCACUGUUGUAAGUAUAUACUGGUAACAUAAAUAUUUAAGAAAGGUAAACGCAAUAAUUUUUCUGUAUUAGCAAUCCUUUUGAUGUAUAUAAAAAAACGGCGGAAGACGGGAAUAGGUUAUAAAACGUAUGUCCGCACUUGCACGAUAACAUUUCAACCGUCACGACAUUUGUAUAAUUAAAUCACAAAAUAACAUACGAACCAGUACCUUAGUUAUUACUGGACAUCGUGACACAGUCGCAUCGAUGUCGCGUCGUGAAUUACAAUAAGACUUGCAGGAAAAGGAUCAUUUGGGAUGUACGAUCAGUACACCACAAUCAUUUCAGUGUAAAGAUUUGUGCAAAGCACCGAGUUACAAUGACUGACGUGCAAGUGUAGACGGUCGUAAUGCUCUCAGUGUUGCACGAUAAUAUGUGGUAUGAUGAAGUUACUUUCCUCUACGUUACGUAUAACAAUGAUAGUUCUGUGUGUUAGAAUAAUAUCGAGUAUUAAUCGACGUUUUACGUUUAUUUCAAUGUUAACUAUUAUACGAAUCCUAAUACCUUCGCAAAUUAAGUUAUUUAGGAUAUAUAUUGUUUGUAAUUGUAUUUUGUUAGCUUCAAUGUCUUCAACCGUUCUUCCGAAAGGUGUGUGAAUAGAUGCAAUAAAAUUUAAUACAGAAAUAAUACCAGAUUUUCAUUGUCGUCGAACCUCGAACCUCCACACGAUAUGUUAUUAG